AUGGCGACCGCAGCUGCCCCCGAGUCAUCGCUCCUCUCCCUCCUCUACCGCUCGUAUCCGACAGCCGUGGCUCCCAAUGCCACCGAGCUCGACUAUUCGCAAGCCUCGUCCAAGAUCUUCCCCCAAGUGGAUUUCAGUGUGGCGGAGAACGCUGACGUCCAGACAUGGAUGAACACCGUCACCGGCUUGAAGGAAGCCCUGGCCAAGAACGAGAAGGAAGUCAUUGUCAAGAUCUUGAACCAGCUCAACACCCACUUGGCCUCGCGAACCACUUUGCUGGGCGCAAAGCCCUCGGUCGCUGAUAUCGCCGUUUACGCCGUGUCGGCGCCCAUGGUCGAGAAGUGGUCCUCCGAGGAGCGCACCGGAGAGAAGGGUUACCACCAUAUCGUGCGCCACGUCGACUUUGUGCAAAACUCCCAGAUGUUCGCUCUGCAGAUCCCCGAGGAGGAGAAGGUCGUCAUUGACCUGCAGGAUAUCAAGUUCGUGCCCAAGCCUGUCGACCCCAAGGAGGAGAAGGAGCGCAAGAAGCGUGAGAAGGCCGCCGCCGCUGCCGCCGCGGGUGUUGCUGCCGGUUCCGAGAAGCCUCUUGUCGUUGGCAAGGGUAAGCCCGAGGCUCCUGUCGAAGCUGCUGCUCCUGCUGCUGCUGCUGCUGCUGCUGCUGCUGCUGCCGCCGCCGAGAGUGAUGCUGCCGCUGCUGCUGGUGGCGCUCCCCAAAAGACCAACAAGAAGGAGAAGAAAGAGAAGAAGGAGAAGCAGCCCAAACAGCCCAAAGCCCCUGCUGCGCCCGCCUUGCCCCCUACCCCCUCCAUCAUCGAUCUCCGUGUCGGUCACAUUCUGCGCGCCAUCAACCACCCCAAUGCCGAUUCCCUGUACGUCUCAACCAUCGACUGCGGCGACGCUCCCGGCAGUGAGAACACCUCCGUCGACGAGGAGACCGGCAAGACCGUCCGUACCGUCUGCUCCGGUCUCAACGGUCUGAUUCCCCUCGCGGAGAUGCAGAACCGCAAGAUCGUUGCCGUGUGCAACCUCAAGCCCGUCACCAUGCGUGGCAUCAAGUCUUGCGCCAUGGUCCUGGCCGCUUCUCCUCGUGUCGCCGAGGGCGAGGACUCUCACGCCGGUCCCGUCGAACUUGUCAACCCUCCUGCUGAUGCGCCCGCCGGUGAGCGUAUCUACUUCGACGGCUGGUCUGAGGGUGAGCCCGAGAAGCAGCUGAACCCCAAGAAGAAGAUCUGGGAGACCUUCCAGCCUGGAUUCACCACCACCGAGGAUUUGGAGGUGGCAUUUGACAAGAGUGCCGUCCCCGUGGCCCAGGAGCAGGAGGGCAAGCCUGCCGUUGGUAAGCUGGUGACUGCCUCCGGUGUGGUGUGCAAGGUUCAGAGCCUGAAGAACGCUACCGUCCGGUAA